GGUGACAACAGCUUAAAGGGACCGUGCCUUUCGCAAGAUAGUUUCCCCCCCAAUUGUUUUUGAUCUUGAUCGAAUUUGUCAACUUCAACACUCCAGCACACAAUUUGACCAAAAAUAAACAAUCGACAACUCAUCUUUUACCCUAAAUUCUUAUAAGGAUAUAAGGAUGUCUGCCCAAGCAGGAUCUACCAAUGUUUCUGCCGAUAAAGGCAAAGGCAAGAGCGUCGCUGAGCCUCAAGAUGUAACUAUGGGCGAGGGCGACGAUAGCUCCAGUGAGGACGACGUAAGUUUAUGAUUGAAUGCGCUUUUGAUUACAUCAUGCUAACAAUGCUUCUUUAGGAUGCUCCACCACCAGGUAAGAUCUCAAGGACUAAAAACUACUGCCUGUGAGCAUUAUUUAACGACAUACAUAGCUGAAGAGGUUGAAGAGGAAGCGUCAGAUAAUGAGAUCGACAAGAGCAAUAUAAUUCAAGGUCGCCGUACUCGUGGCAAGAAAAUCGACUUUGCCGCAGCUGCUAAGGACCUUCCAGCCGAAGAUGACGAGGACGAGGACGAUGAUUUUCAAUCGGAAGGAGAGGAUGAUGAUGAGAUGGGAGGAAAUUGAGGGAGAAGAGUGGUUAUACUUUGGUAGAUUGAUGGGAUCCUAUUCAUUCGACAAUUUGUCAACUCCGUUCAACUCCGCCGAAACACAAUACCUUCUACACCGCAUCCUCCGGUUUAUUCAACAAAAAAAGAAUAAAAAAAUCUUUUCAUACAUUACGACUUUAGGCAUAUGAUAUGAAACGACUGAUUUGGGUCAUCUGGGGAAUUGGGGGAGAGGUUUUUCUGCACAAGCAUUGUGUACAUUUAGAUACCAAACAAAAGGGGCGUCCAUUGCAAAUUGCACUUUGCAUCCAUCCAAAUCUAC